AUGAAGGUAGUCCUGUUAUUGUGUCUGAUUCUCGGAAUUAUUUACCAGGCGGCAGGGGACACAGGUGGACACCAAGUUAAAGAUUUACCUCUCCCUUCAGAAUACAGCGUGAGAUCUGAAGUAAACUACAUCAACCAUUCCUAUUCUAUAAGCUUAGAGGAACGUGUCAAUACAUUUACCGGCCAAUAUGAACUCAUAUCUACCAGAGCCGGUAAAGUAACACAUACUAUAUUUGAUAAUGCUACAUCACAACUGUUCACUAUAUCAGGGACAUUUCCAGAUAAAAAAUGUACAGUGGAAACAACUGAUGGUAGUUUAGAUAAAUCGGUGGGCACCAAGAUUUUUUUUUAUCAAAUCUUCAACACGGCCAAACAACUGAACUUGGUAUACAAGGGAGAUAAAUCUAUACGAGGUAUACAUUGUGAUUAUUGGCUGGCGAUAGAUUCAGCGGAUUCCGAUUUUAGUAUCCAGAUUUAUUUUACAAAUGUAAACUGGUCAACAGUUACUCAAUUCCCAGCGAUACCAGUACGAGCUGUUCUCUUCCAGAAAGGAGUAGAUAUCAUUGAGAUUGAUUAUUUCGAUUAUAAUCCACAAAUACCAGAGAAUCAGGAUUACUUUCAGACUCCAGUAGAUGUGUUUUGUCCUGGUAGAAAGAUAUCUAAAGCCCUGCCCCCAUUACCACCGACCUAUCAUUUCACGUCCAAGUUUGUCGUACCAUCUGAUGAUGUUGUAGACACUACUGAGGUAUGGUAUGAUAAAGACGAAUAUAUGAUACGAGUUGACAGGUUUGGUGAUUUCAGUGAGGCCCCCUACUGGGUAACUGAUCCUAUAGCUGAAAUACAGGAUUACGCUUCUGGUGUAGUAUAUGCUGUAAACCAGGCUAGAGGAAACUGUACCGUCAUGCCAAUGGGAGAUUAUAUGGCCAUGACUAAAGGACCGGAUAAAAACGGCAGUUACCCAUUCCCGAACCCUGAACAACUUCUACAUCUUGAUGCAGAUUAUGUAUAUAUCGGACAGAGGUACAUGGAUGACAUCCAGAUGGAGGUAUAUCAAACUAACAGUGCUGUUAUUUAUCCUGGUUCUACAUCUUUAUUGACCAUGUUUUAUACUCCCAAAUUGUAUGAAAACCUUGAUGGAGAAUAUCAGUAUAUACCUUACUUAUUGUUGAUCAAUACUAAAUAUGUGGGUACGAGGCAGUUAUACAUUACUGGUUUCUCUACAGACGAUCUCAAAUCAUCAGAACUGGAUUUAUCUUCCUGUUGGACAGACGACGAUACUCUGAGAGUCAGAAUUCUUUUUCCAGACAAAUUUAUUGAAAUAAAAAAUGCAUCGGUUACAAUGAGACAGAGAAGUGUGUUGGAGAACGUGGACGUGAACGCAUGUGCUGAUGCAUGUGAGAACUCGCAGGUGGACGACAGUGGAAUGUAUAAAGAUGAACGAGGGUUCUACUGUUCUAGUCUGACGUACUGUGACUCGACUAGACAGUGUACAUUAUUUGAGAAAGAUUCGAACUCACCACCAUCGAAUCCCGCCAGUAGGUCGUGUGUAUAUAAACAAAGAAGCAGUGUAAUAAAAGGAAUCACAGAACCUAUACUGUCUGUCACCUACUCGCGGUUAAAAUCUAUGAUUAAUUCUAAAUCACUACAAGUUUCACUGGAAAUAGACGGCAAGCCAACAAACCAAUAUACAGCUACAGUUGUUGAAGAAGAUGACACAAGAUCAAUCAAUGGAACAGAAGAUUAUGAUCUUCAAGAGUUUACAGUGUACCAACCAAACACCAAACUAGUAGGUACCAGCUCCCCCGGACUGUAUUCUCUACAGGAUUGUGCUACUCGGUGUGUCAACCAUCCGACUACCCUCUGUCCAGUCUUUUCUCUCUGUUAUACCACUGGCCUGGUGGGACACUGUACUGUAGGCUCGGUGUAUCCAGACGCCAAUGUUACCUCAUACACAACCGACGGAAAAUGUACCCUUUAUACCAGGAAAUAUUUGAGCUGGUUCAAUGAACUACCGGGAUACUUUCCACCUCCUUCCAGCGGUAGCAAGAUAGACGGGGUUCCAACGGCUGAACAGUGUGCCAAACAGUGUUACAAGAUGGAAGAACACUCCUGUGACAUUUUCUAUUUUGAUGUCCACGACCAUGAAUGUUGGAUUUCCCAAGCUUUGAGCCUGGAUUUAGUUGGUUUCAAUGGAUCUAAUACUAAGCAUUAUCAAUUUAAAGCUUUUGUUACUAAACAUAAAUUGUACUACUUCGAGCAGACGACUAGAACCCAGCUCACUGAUAAAACAGGCGCCAUGAUGUCUGACGUCACAGCAGAAGAUUGUGCUGAAACAUAUCGAAUCGGCAGUUCAGUGAAACCAAACACCAAUGGUGGAAAGACAACAUCAUCUGGUGUUCGACCACAGCCUAUGAUUCCCCCUACACUAACUACUGGAGUAGAUAUUAUAGUAGUCAGUGCUCAGCCAGUAGAUUGUGCCCGGAUUACACCACAAACACCAGAUUUAACUCAAUCUAAGUUUAAGUUGUAUAAAGAAGAUCGUUUGGUGAUGGGAGAGGAUACGACUAGUGGUAACACGGCCAGUGACUGUAUGUAUUUUUGUCUGACAGAGAAUAGGUUCCAGUGUGAGAGUCUAGGGUACUGUCCUGACACUGGGGAGUGCCGACUCAAUAGAUACCACCCUGAUAUAAACCCUGGGGUCAUCGUCAACCAACCCGAGUGCCAAGUUUAUACUAGAAAUUAUGGCAGUGAAUAUGAUCAAUUACCUGGUACCUUCGUUCCUGGAGUUCCAGACAAAGAGGUGCCCAACUCGCCGUCUGCUGAAAUAUGUGCCAAGUUUUGUACUGAACUAACAGACUUCACCUGUCGGUCAUUCGACUACUGUCCGGAUACUUCUCAGUGUCUGAUCUGGAAGACCCACGAUCAGGAACAUUCCAGUAGCGACAGAGAGAUGGAUACUUCUUGCAGUCAUUAUUGUAGAAAUUAUCUACCAGAUUUUCAGUUAAAUUCUAACAAAUCCUUCGCCUCUAAUAUCAAAUAUGAACUACAUAUCGGUGUGACGCCCUCACAGUGUGCUCAAUUAUGUGUUGAAGAAGAGGAAGUGACGUGUAAAAGUUUUGUCGUCUGUCCGAACUCGAACCAAUGUCGUCUGCUAACAGUUCAUCCAAAAAACGAUUCAAAUGCUAAAGUUGUUACGUCAACUGAGUGUAAUUUGUACACAAGGGAACACUAUAGAGAUGUUAUCAACCCAGCGACUUCAACUACACCAACUCCAGGAAUAUCCGGACAGACGAACAAGUAUAGUGGAGGUGAUAAUAAUAAACCGGGCUAUUCUACAGAAACUGUAACUGGUAUUGGAAUAGGUGUAUUUCUAGGAGGAGUUGUGAUUGGUCUAAUAUCAUACCAUCUCAUUAAAGUCGUCAAGAACAAACGAACCAAUGAUCUCGAAAUGAAUCUGCUCAAAAAUCGAGGCUGA